CUUGCUGCAUUGCCUUCCUUUCCAGUAGCUGGCAGAUUUUGCAGUGGUCAGUAGGAGCACAGCUCAAACCUUGCUGUGCAUGGCUGGAGAGCUGCCAGUGCUGGCUCUGAAUUCUGAUGGAGACACGAAACCAAAUUUAGGCUUUGAUUACUGCUCUCUUCCAUAGUAAAACAGCCUGUGGCUCAAAGACUUUGAGCUACUCAGGCAAACAUUGGUGGGGAAAAAAAAAAACAGCCGUUCUCUGGUUCUCUCCUUGUGAAUGGGCCUGUGUGAGAGAGCUGGGAAAUGCCUUGUUUUUAGAUGCUUGUCACUUCCCCCCACUCAUUGUGUUUGAGCCACAUUUUUCUCUGCCUCUUCAUGAGUCUCCAGACUAAAGGGAGUGGGGUAGGGAACGUACCACAGGAAACCUUCAGAGCUCCGUACUGUGGCUGCAUUGUCAGCUUCGUCUGAGCUCACAGAGGAAUCCUGGCAUGACAUUUCGAUAGCUCGGCAGCUGUUACUGAAAUCGUUCCCUUGUUCUCAUCUCUUUCUAGUCAGGAGAAAGAAUUUAUUUGGAGAAGCAGUGGCACACAGGGAUCUUUUAUCUUUUAAUAGCAUCAGACUCUUUGACAUUCAGACUCCCCUCCCUCAUGUUUCACUUAGACAUUUUUCACAUGCUGCACUGACUGAAUUUCCCUCUCAUGUUGUGCAAAUACAGGCUAUUUGGGAAUAUGGUCCGGGGAAUACAACAAGAAAUGGAGACCUGGGGUCCCUGGCUUCUAUGUAUCCUUGUGGGCUAUCUGUGUGGCCUAAUGGAGCACAGUGCAGAACUAUCUGACAGCUCUGAAAGAGCUCCCUUGAGCAUCAGAAGCAGUUAAUGCUGUUGCUGGCUAAUUAGUCCUGGUUCUUCUCAGCAGAGGUACUGAGUUUGGCCAGACUGAUAUGCUUAUGUGACUUGCUUCAGUAAUGGGAGCUGUUCCUUCCUCAGCUACAGCAAGCAACCCCCAGAGUGGGCUCUGUCCUAGUGUUUGCCAGGCCUUCUCUCUACUAUUGCUUUCACCUAGACGAGCAGAGGGUUCCCAGUAUUGGCUCUAUGUGCACUGUUUCAAUUCCCCCUCUCAGGCACGUUGCUUCACUCUCAGACUCUGGCUGUAGCUUCGCAGCAAUCCUACGGUCCUGUGGUGCAGCCAGCAUUGGCCUAGAUUGGCACCCUUACACUGGAGUCCUCGAGGGCUUGUGUUUCUGCAUCUGAACUUAGCAGCCUCCGUCCCUGGGGUCUAUGUUAGUAAUUCUAAAGCUAUUUUUGGAUGAGGGGAACAAUGUUAAUUAGACACAGAUGCCUGCGUCUCCUCCUUCGGGAGAGCAAGUGCUUAGAGAACUUGGCUGUCCCUAUUCACUCCCAGGUUGCACAGAUGCCAUGGUGAAGAACUUCAUGCCCUAUUACCAACGACAGCUUGCAGCUGCUGUUCUGAGAGAGAUCUCGAGGGAGUUGGACGCGCAAAGCAAACCCACUCUGCAGCUGCUGCAGAGUCAACUCUGGAAGCCACCUAACAGUCUUCUACAUGAGGGAUUCCUGACCCAGUAUCAUGGGGACUCCCACAAGUGGAAGGAAAAUUAUUUCAUCCUGUUGGGAGAUUGCAGGCUGGAGUGCUUUGAUAGUAAAGAGGCUUGGGGGAAGGGCUGUGAGCCCAGAGAAUCCACUACUCUGUCUGGGUACUUGCUGGUGACCACAUGGAGGGAGUACACCACACUGGUUAACAAUCUCUGCCAGGGAUUUGUAGGUAAUUACUCCCAUGAAGACCAAGACCCUUUAACUGACCCUCCAACAGAGUUUCUGCUCUUCCUCUACCACCCGCUCCGAAAGCAUCUUUGUCUUUGCACAGACUCUGCAGAAUCCCAGCAUACUUGGAAAUCUGCCCUUCAAGAUGGGAUCCGAUAUUGCAGUACAGUUUUACAGAGGAGGGACAAUGUGGAGGUUGAAGCGUUCUUGGAAGCUGUGCGGUUUUACAGGCAAGGAAAAGGUAGCUACAAAGUUGGGGAUCUUCUCCUGGGAACAGAACCAGAGAUUCUCAGUAAUGUGUUGGUGGAGGAUUUGUUGCCAGUACUACAGUCGCAGGUCCUCCCAAAUCUCAAAGGGUCAGAAAACAGGAGGAGACAGACCUGGUGUCAAUUCCUGGAGGAAGUCUACAUGCUGGUCCUCAGCCAGAUUUCUAGUGAAUUCCUGGAUUUUCAGAAGGAGCAAGAGAAACUCCAUAUUCAGCUAGAGAAGAAGAUUCGCCCUGACCUGGAUCAAAUGCUGACUUUAAAGGAUCAGAUAUCCAGAAAACUCCAAGCUGUGGUGCAGAGCCCAGCAGAGUCCUGCUGUCGGCAGGAAGUGGAACCUGACUUGGAUUGUGUGAUGGAGGAGCUCAUGCAUCCGAUCAGCCAAGGAUUUGAUAUGGUACGUUCACGCUUUGUGGACAGAGUUGACGAGAUGAUCACAGUUGUCCAGAGCUCCUCGACCUCCGCCUUGCAGAAGGAGUUUCUCACACUUGGGAAAAUAUCCCAGAACCCUGGAUUCAUGCAUCUCUGUUACGAGAAGGCAGAACUCUAUAAAGACAGCCUGCAGGGAUUGAAGGAGAGAUUUAACUUCUACAGCAUGACAAGUUUGGUCCUCGGAGCUCAGAACCUCAUGCAGCAGCUGAUGCAGAAUUCGAUCCAUACAUUCCAGCAACUUUCAGAGCAACACCUGAGCAUGGCAAAUAACCGCAACCAGAUCACUCAGGUUCUGGAAAAGGUCAAGGGUCGGGUGCUAAAGAAAUUUGAUUACGACAGCAGCUCUAUGCGGAAGCAGUUUGCUCAGGAGUGGCUGCUUCAGAUCUUUCUUCCCUUUCUACUGAAGAGCCUGGAGCCCCAGUGUAAAUUGGAGCUGCCCAAGUAUGAAAGUUACGUGUUUGCUGACUUCAGUGACAUCAUAAACGUGGAAAAUAUUUAUGAAGAAAUGGUUCUGGCUAUAUUGAUGGAGGCAGUCAGCAAAGCCCUGAAAAAAGCCUCCAGCCAGAACAGACACAAUCUUUACAGUGACAGCUUCUCCUGUGUUCCGGACAGUGUGGACAACCUGCAGCGGGAUGCGGCCUCUGAAAUGAGGACAGGAGUUGAAGGUGGUAGUGCUCCAUCAGACAUUGUGACCCUUAUCCCGUCUCAUGUCAGAGAAACUGUGUUAGAUGUGACAGAAUGGGACUAUGAAGGAGGCUGUGCUUGGGUUGCAAACUCUCCAAAAGAUGAAGGCCAGAUCUGCCUACAGGUUUCCACAGAGGCUCUCUGUACAGAAGAAAAAUCUUUGUGUGUGUCGCCUGAUGACAGGAAUUGGAGAAACCAGGUCUUUGGCCCAGACAUGCAGAGUGAAAACAAUGCUAAGAUGGACAACCUGAAUAAAAACAAAUAUCAUGACAAGUCAUGGACCUCUUCUACAGGCACCAAAACCCCACAAGAACCAGACUUCACAAAGGAAUGUUUUGCAGACAAAUGUGUAGCAGAGAACUUGCAAGAGGAAUGGGGGAAAGUAGAUCAGGGAGGUCAGAGGCAUACUGAAGGUUCAGCAUGUAAUCUAGCUUGGAAUAAAGAUGCAGGACAGAGUAGUAAGAAUGGCAAUUCUGAGAAAAAACAAAUAUAUGAAGGAUUAGUGCAGGACCUAGAUCUCUGCACGGAACGUGGUGAUUGCCCUGUGGGUGGAAGUACACCCUCAGCCAGGAACCGCCCAGCAUCACAAACUGCACAGUCUGGCAAACCUUGGGACACCAAUUGGCUUGAGUCCACUUCAGUGCAGGUUACAGAUUUGGCCAGAGAAGCAAGUAGAGAAGAUGGAAAUUUAACAGAUGGAAAAUUACAUGGAACAGCAACAAGUCAUGUGGCAUCAAUUCAAUGGGAGAGAGGCAGAGCAGGAAAAAAUCAGUGUGGUUGGGAAAUGGGCACAAAGAUAGUGGACAAAGGUGAAUCCAGCAAGGGAGAAGUUUGUAAUGGACAAAUGACCCAUCUGUGCCCAUUUCCUGUGAAAGGAACAGGAGAUGCAACUCGCUCACAACAGCUGCAAGUGCACAGUGAUGAAAUGAUCCAUGAAGAAUCCUACACUCCAGAGAUGCCUCCUGCAAUAAAUCUGGAAACAGCUAAAAAUGCCCAGCAGGCAUUCAAGAAUCAUGGGGAUGUGGAUGGGCAGAUCAAAAGCAACUCUAGUGCCUUUUUAAUCACUGGGAGCUUGAGAUAUGAAGAUGUACAAAGGACCCUCAUCCCUGAGCCCGACGAAGCUAGAGAGAUUGCUUGCAAGAUCUCUCAGCCCCCAGAGGAGAACGAAGAGGAAAUGCUACAGGCAGAAUUCAGUGGGACAGAUAGGACUGUGUUUCUCGAGAGCCUCUCCAUAGCCAUUGAAAUGGAAGUAUUCCAAGCAGAUCUGCUAGAAAUGGAUCUUGAAGAUAAGAAACCAGAAAAAUUGUUGCCAACAGACAGCGCCUCUGAAAUCUAAGUACAGAGUCAGAUUUAACUGGCAAUGACAGGCAUGCUGCGAAGAAAUGAAAAAACCUGACACAUUCAGCUUUCCUGACAUGAGGUGAAUUCUUCACAUCCCCACAUCAACACGGAAUUGAGCCCACUUGGGCAAAGGAAAACAUAGAGGGACUGCAGGCCAUGUGGCCUUCUCACCCCAUGUGCCAUCACCUCUACCUGAUGAGAAACUUCUGGACCUUUAGCCAGUGGCAUGGUAGCUGCAGGUCGUCUGCUGGAGGAUCAGUAUGUAGCAUUGACCAACUCCUAAGAGGAGAUGCAGCUAUUUUCAUCCUCAGAGCUGAAAGUAUGUGAAGUUUGAGUGUGCUUCUCCAAGCAACAUGAAUUGAGAAGCUGAGGAACUGGAAAGGAAUGGACUCCCCAAGGCAUGUAAUGCUCAUGCGUGUUGUAUGAUGUACAGGCAGGCCUCGGACUUAUGAGACAAUCGGUUCCUGAAAACUGCAUCCUAAGUCGAAACGUUGUAACUCGGAACCAUUUUUCCCAUAGGAAACAAUGUAAUAAAUGGGGAUUGGUUCCUGAACCGAGGCCUGAUGCCCUAUUUUCACCAAAAAAACCCCAGAAUUUUGUACUCAAUCAAUUAUAGAUGAAUAAUAUAGCUAUAUUAACGCAUUUAUUUUGUAAAUAGCAAUCAUACUGACUUGGAAAGACUUCUCUGAGGUGACUUUGCUAGACUUUCUGAAGGGCUCUUGGUUGGACUUUUUGAAGGGUUCUUGGCUGGAGUCUUCUCGGGAGUCUUGUCUGCUUUCUUAUAGAAAGUGUCCAAGCAAGUUUGGACAGAUGUUCUCCAGGGACACGGGCGAUACAGCGAACUCGUUUGCUGGUGUGGCGUUGCGUCAGAUCAAGCAUUGUAAAGUUGAAACCGAUGUCAGAAAGUUGAAACGCGUGUACAUUUAUAAACUUGAAAUGUUGGAAGUCGG